CCUGGUUGUCUCUCCUCCUCUCCUGUUCGGGGGAUGCGUGUGUUGAUGCUGAUGGAGACAUGGGCUUCGGUAGCUGAUGCUGCUGCUGCUGCUGCCGGGGCGGAGGAUCCAGGGCAUGCAUGCCUCACAUCAGACGAUCAUGAUCUGCUGCAAGGACCUGAGCCGUGGAGUCGCUGGGGCCGCGCUGAGCCCAGGGACCACAGACUGUAGAGAUGUGUGCUCUUGUUGAUAAGGCCAGGGAGCACAGGCCCAGCUGGACCUUGACGGGUCCAAAAACAAGGCAGCCAUGGCAAAGAGAGACUACCUGGUGGAGGCGGCCAAACAGAUCCGCAUGGCAUUGGACAGCGAGGUUAAUGAGGACUACGAGGCAGCGUUCAGUUACUAUAAGAACGGGGUGGACUUACUGCUGAAUGGAGUUCAGUUGGACCCGAACAAAGAGCGGCGGGAAGCUGUGAAGAGGAAGACAACCCAGUAUCUGAAGCGAGCUGAGGAAAUCUUCAUUACACAUCUCCAGGACAACCUUGGGAAGGGAAGCUCUCAUUUAGGGGGUUACAGCAGUCUGAGAUUCCGUCCAAUCAGACACUUGAGUUCGCCCGUGGAGGAUCUGGAGAUGUGUAAGGUGGUCGGGGUGAGCGAUAAGGUCCUGAUCGUCCAAAGUAUGGUCAACAAGGAGACAUUUGUUGUAAAGAGUCUGGUCAAGUCGAGCUGGGAGAGCAGGGAUCAGUCCACCAUCAUUCCUCAGGGGGUGCCAUACAUGGUUAAGUUGCUGAGGUAUUACGUCAGUGAGGACGCUGUGUACCUGCAUCUGGAGCAUGUCAAAGGUGGGAGGAUCUUCUCCAAACUGCACAAACUGAGGAAUGAGAAAGCCAAGGAACACCCACACUGCUUCACGUCUGGCCAGCCCAGCAUCAAGCUGAAGACCAACUACACCUCUCCCACCAUCAGCACAGACUACCAGCACAACGCCAAAGGUGGCACGGGGGGGAUUCUAGAGAAAUUAACUGAUGAGAGCCCAGACACAGACUUCCCCACGUCGUGGGACGAGACCCAGCAGCGGGUGGAGAGCUGCGGUACUCACUCCUACAUCGAGGAGACGGGUUGUCUGCAGAAUACACGCUCGGCAGCAUCGUUUUACAGCAAGCUGGAUCGAUUGACUCUGCAGCCCGGCUCUCCGAGGACGCAGGUCAACACUUCCAUCCAUCCACCUGCCCCUAGUUUGUGUUUGCACUGUGGCGAAACUCAGGAAACGCCCGCUCUUCCUCUCUCUUGCUCCCGCGUCAGCCAAGCUCUGGACGUCAUGUCAGAGCUCCACCAACAGAAAGCCGCGAUGGGCCUGACAGAGUGCAGUUCGGAGUUCGAGGUGGCUUGGAAAGCUGCGGACCCGGCGCACAUCUGCGAGAAAGUCAACCCCUAUGCAGUGAGCGAGGGUGUCGUAGGGAGCACACUGGGACAAACCGCACCUCAGACAAACAAGACCUCAUUUAUAAAAGCAGGAAAUCGCGAAUACAACGGAUUGAGUUCUUCUCCUGCCAUUUUGCAUCUCCCUCUCCAUUGCCAGACCCAGGUUCGAGGCAGGGCAUCAUGGGAUACCAAUGGCUCCAACCAGGGUUCAGUUUUAAGUGCUAGCUCCGCAGACAUAGUAACAGACUCGAAUCAGGACAGCAGCAGCCCCACCACAGAGGAGAGAAACGGUAUGGUGGUCAUCAGGAGCACGGACAGAGCAGUGUUUUCUGACCACACAGACACAAACAUUACCUCAGAAAACUCCCGGCCUGGUUCUGCCUCGCUCUACCAAUGCACGUCAGGGAAACAGGGGACGCAGUCAAAGGCCCCUUGGGCCCUCUCAGGGGGGAAACACAGAGGGGAAGCAUGUCCCAGUGAGGUAAGAGAGGGAGUAGAGGAGGCAUACGAAUUGAGUCCCAGAGAGAAGGUGGCACCUGCAAAGGAUGGAUCAUUUAUGGGCUGGUUCUCCUCUGGAGCCCAGAGGGGGGAGGACUAUAAGGAUGCCUUCCUCAACUCAGGGGAAUCGGAGGAGCCGGGGGAGGACCAGAUCAUCGAGGUGGACGGCUGGUGCCACCUGCCUCGCUUCCCUGUCAAGUCCUCCCGGCGCACAGGCCAGAUGCAGACCUGCUGGGGGCUUCCCGAGGCGGAGGUGCGUGUGUGGGGGGCACAGAUCCUGUUGGCCCUGGAGAGUCUGCAUCAGCAGGGCGUCCUGUGUCGGGACCUCAACCCUAGAAAUGUUCUGCUCACCAGCAACGGAAAGGUGUGUUUGACGUUUUUCGGCCAGUGGAGUGAAGUUCAGACCGAGAUUAGCUCCACAGCCAUGGAAAAGAUGUACUGUGCUCCAGAGAUCGGUGGAGUGUCCAGGGUAACGGAGGCUUGUGACUGGUGGAGUCUUGGGGCCUUGUUGUUUGAACUUCUGACAGGAAUGCCACUGUGGCAGCUCCACCCGGCAGGAAUCCAUUCUCACACCCAGCUGCUGAUCCCCGACCACCUGAGCGCUGCAGCUGCAUCUCUGCUCACCGAGCUGCUUCAGUUCGAUGCCGGCUAUCGCCUGGGUUCUGGAGGUGGAGGUGUGAGUGACAUUAAGUGCCAUCCCUUCUUCAGUGGUGUCUCGUGGAAAGCUCUGAGCUGCUAGCAGGUGCGGCCACUGCACCUGUGAUCCCUUUUUUCUGAACUCUUGAGAUGAACGCUCCCCUGAGUCCAAGUAUCCUCGAGAGGCCACGGAUGCAGCACCAGACCCUGGUUCUCUUGGUGUCGUGAGCCUCCCGAAGAGAAACCAUAAUAAAAACAGAAACAUUAUCCAAACUGGUCACUUGUGUCCCUGACAGAACAUGACACAAAUAAAUGUAAUACAAUAAACUUUGA